AUGGCUCCAGUCACCAACGAGCUGUUCCUCCUCUCCUGCAUCAACCACGCCACCAAUGGCAAAAUCGACUUCAAGGCCGUCGCUGUAGAGUGCGGCAUGAACACCCAGGGUGCCGCUCCCUCCAGCGCCAUGCGCUUCCGCCGCUUCAAGGAGAAGCACGACACCUCCCUCCUCAACUCCGCCUCGUCUCUCACUGCCGCAAAGAAUGGCGAGGGUGACGAUGGAGACUCUGAGGUUCCAGCCAAGAAGACUUCUCCAAAGAAGAAGCCGACUCCCAAGAAGCGCAAGAUCGACGAGGUGGCCGUCAAGGACGAGCCAGAGGACGAUGAAGAUCUGGUCUAA